AUGCACCGCUCGCGGCAGGCUUCUCAUCUUGGCUGGGGAGCGAAGCGCCGUGCAGUUGCGCCACUUCUGGCAUUGACUCUGUGGGCGGUUUUCCUGCAUGGGACUGGGGAAGCUCAAAGAGAAGCCCCCAGCCUGUCCUCCAGAGCCUUUGUGCCAGGCAUGCGGACGCCAAGAUUGUCGAAAUUUCCAAGACAUGCUCACAAAGAAAAACCUUUGUCGUUUGAAGAGUUGCCACAGGAUGCAGCACAUGAGAGUAAUGGGCUGAAUUCCUGGAAUGCAACUCGCAUGGUCUUGUCUACUUCAUUGGUCGCUCUCCUCCUCUCAGUUGGAACAGCAAUGUACUUUCAGACCAGUUCGCCGCAACUUUCAAGCGAACAAGUUACAUAUGCUGCCUGGUAUUCUAGGGUUGCUGACAGGGUGCGGGCCCUUGUGGCAGAAAAGCCAGUGGCCGGCAUUGCAUCAAUCGCAAAACGAAUUCGAAACAUGAGCUCCCUGUUGGACGUCACCCAGGAAGACGUCUACACUGAAUUCUGGGAGAGUCUCCAAUCAGAUGUCUUGAUUUUCAGGGCGUAUCUGCCAUUGUUGGACUAUUUCAUGGCAUCGACCUAUCCUCAUCCAACUCCACAGCAAGAGUCUGUGCUGUCGGCCUUGCAAUUUGAGCUGUCCCGGUUUCGGCAGGCCCUGAGUGACUUUGAUGCAUGCGUUCGCAACAAAAACAUCAGGGGGACCGAGAAGGCAUUUGCCGAGUUGUCCGUGGCCUAUGACAGGUAUCUCAAAGGCGCUGCCUUGUACGAGGGCUACGAUCCCAUGACGAGCACUGAGAUCCUCUACAAGGACAUCACCGACGCCCAGCUCGUGUAUACUCCAUCUGCAGUGCAAAAGCCUGCAGUACGAGAUGAAGUGCUGGUGAUCCGGGGUCCGGACAAAGGGAAGAUCGGUCGAGUCAUUUGGUUGUACGAUCAGUUGACUGCAACUGUGAAGCUGGAGCCGAAUCCUUUGCUCGGUGGCUCAGAAAUUAAGGGCUUCAGAGAGGUGAAGUCCUUUCCGCAGUCGUGGAUUGCACUGACGCGGACGAACGAGCAAAACCGGGUGCUGGAUUUGGUGAUGGCCGCGCUGGCCACUUUCUUCACCUGCUGUGUGACCUACCCGCUUGAAACUAUCAAGGCAAGGGUACAGGCAGCACAGCCCUUGCUUGAUGAGCAGCAAUCCUUGGGUGGAUUGUACAACGGAUUGGUGGUUACACUGAUCCGAGAAAUCCCAGCAAAGAGCCUGUACAUCUCAGGCUUCAACAGCAUCACUCGGUUUUUCUGUUUGCUGCCCUUUAUCGAUGCAAACAAUGCAGAUCUGAAGCUUCUGGUGAUGAUACCAGCAGGUGCUUUGGCUUACUUUCCCGGGACGUUUCUGCGAGCUCCGUUCGAGCUGCUCAGCCGGCAAAUGCAGACUGGCAUGUUCGAUUCUGAAGAGGCAGCAGUGACCCAACUUCUGUCCAAUGACGAGCGCCUGCAGCAGAGCCUUUUCAAAUCUUGGGCCUUGGUCUUGUUGCGGGGUUUGCCGUUUGGUGCCUUGCAGUACUCCCUCUACGACUUUCUCCAUGAACAUCUGGAAGUGGUGCAGUACGGCAUUCCGCUGAGCCUGCAACCGGUGAUUUGGGGAGCUUUGUCCGGAGCAAUGACCGGGUUGCUCACCAACCCCCCCGAUCUGGUGUUGUCAGUCCUGCUUACGCAGGAAGAGGCGAAAAGGUCAGAUGAGGAUGAGGAUGUCUUUGAAGCCUUCGCUCGAACCUCGGGGUCCAUCUUGGAAGCUCAAGGCGUUGCUGGCUUUUUUCAGGGGGCAUCAGCAAGAGCUGUGCAGAUUGGCAUGGAGUCUUGCGUGUUCUUCACGAUCCUGGAGGGGCUGAAGGAUGGCGCCAAACUCAUCUUAGACUUUUGA